AAACCCCCCCCCCCCCCAACACCGUCCUCCAAACCCAAACCACAGCAGCAGACAAAGCUCAUCAAGCAUUCCUCUCAUCUCUCCCACUCCUCCACCCCCGUCGUUUCCUCCCUAUCACCUUCUAGCUAGCUAGGAUUUGAGAAGAUGAACAGGAAGCCCGGAGAUUGGAACUGCAGGUCCUGCCAGCACCUCAACUUCAGCCGCCGCGAUUCAUGCCAGCGGUGUGGCGAGCCAAGGUCGAGCAGCGACUGCUCGGAUUAUGCGAGCUUCGGCGGUGGCCGCGGGGGCUCCUCCUUUGGCUUCAGUAGUGGAUCCGAUGUCCGCCCCGGCGACUGGUACUGCUCCUGCGGCGCCCACAACUUUGCCAGCCGUUCCAGCUGCUUCAAGUGCGGUGCUUUCAAGGACGACUCCGCCGUCAGCGGUGGUUUCGAGGGCGCGGAUGUGCCGCGCUCGCGGGGGUUCGGCUUUGGCGGCGGCGGCGGUCGUGCCGGCUGGAAGUCUGGGGACUGGAUUUGCACCAGGUCCGGCUGCAACGAGCACAACUUUGCGAGCAGGAUGGAAUGCUUUCGGUGCAAUGCACCUCGGGAGUCCGGAACCGAAGUCUAAGAAGUUGACUAAGUGAGAUAACGUGAACGCGAGAGAUGAGAUCAUAUGAUAUAGUAGUAGUAAUAUUGUCGAGCUAUUAAUUACUGGUUUUGCUCCUACUGGACUAUUGUCUUUUUUUUUUUUUGGUUUUGAAGCCCUCUUAUGGAACCAUGGUUGAAUACCCGUCUUCCAUGUGGGAGUGUCCUGUCUCAGUUUUUUGUUUGCACUUUGGAGUUGUAUCCCCCAGCUUCUUUCGCUUUAGAAGUAUAAGUUAUCUAGUUGUGUUGUUGCCUCUCUUAUUAAACUAUUUGGAAAAUUAUCUUGUGUAAUGUCUUAAGAAUGGGCUUCUAAUUACCCUAUGGUAGGGUGGGUGGUGGUCCUAAGUUCCUUGAAUGCUUGCUCUAAUGGCAAAUCCAUCGUCUACUUAUGAAUGGAGAUAGACAUUCGUAUUCCGG